AUGGUCGAAACACGAGGCGCGCGGCCAUCUUUCGAUGGCCAAGAGACAUCUGACUUCCCCCUUUCCCCUCCGAGGAAGGCGACAUUGCCGUCCCAUCCCCUCGAUGAGGAACAUGGCUCGCCGCCCGCUGCCAAAAAGCGCCGCACGGGCGAUGGUCCGGACGGUGACAUUUCUCUGCCCGAUCAAGUCCUCUUGAUGGCCGAUCAGCAUGGUCCUGGACACAAAAUCGAAGAAGAGCUGGCCUCGGCUCUGGGAGAAGGUGUCAUUGACACCGUUGAGCAAACCGAAUCCCACGUGAACGAAGCUCUUCAGCAUAGCACUCAUGACACCCCUACUGGGGCCGGGAGCGCGCAUGAUCCCUCUGGCCUCAACUCCGACGUGGCUACAAUCAUUUCCGAUAUUAUGGACCACACAGAGCGUCAGGAGCAAACCGUCGCAAUGGGGCCUCAGGAGCUUCCUCCGUCAAAUGACUUCCCGGGAGCCAGAGGCUUUGCCUUCCUCAAGGCCAACUCCCACCUGAAGAUCCAGAGUCUUCCUAUCCUGGACAAUCUGUCCACGCAAAUCUUGUCGUUCCUUUCCAAGAAUACUUACCAAGACCUCACGGCUAUGGUUUCAGAACCUGACUCCGAGAAUGGUCAAGCAUAUGCCACCAUGCGUUCGUUGUUUGAUCAUACGAAAAGGGUUUACACCGUUAAGCAUUCGUUUCUUCAACCCACUGACCUUGAAAUUACGGAUCCCUCUCAAAUUGAUGUUAUCCGCAAGGCGAAUCUGGCGUCCUUCGUAUCCAGUAUCUUCGGAUCUCAGGAAAUUGGAUUCUCGGACCUCAAUGAGCAUUUCCUCGAUGUCUUUGUCCCUGAAGGUGGCCGUUUACUGAAGGUCCAAGGUGCCUUGUACCUCGAACUCAAGACGCAGGCCUUCAUUGCCGCCAUGCAUAACAAGUCUCUCACCCGUACACAGCUCCUCUACAGCCUGUUCCCAGACGACAUGGAACAGCGGUUGUUGGCGAGACGUCCGGGUACCCGACAGCUGGCACCAUCUGAAACGGAUUUCGUGAACCGCCUGACCUCUCGUCGCGAUAUCCUUCUCAAUGACAUCAAUAAUGAAGAAGCACUGAAUGCCUUGCCGGAUAAGUAUCACUGGGAAGAUUUUCUCCGAGAUCUUAGUGCUUACAUUUGUAAGAACUUUGAUGCCAUCAAUACUCAACAGGGAAAGAAAAUGGUCAAGGGACGCCAGCCUUCGAGUUCAAAUGGCGAUGCUCACGAGUCGCCGAACACCACUCACCAGGGUCAAUUCUCAGUCAAUCAACAAGUUGAAGUUCCGGUGGACCGCAACAUGCAUGGGGAUCUUGUCGCGCGUGCUGCAAGAGCUGCGCAGAUUGCUUUGCAGGGCCAUGGCCUCCGGCGCUCUCAGCAGCAAUCGCAGCAACAACAUCAGCAACAACAACAGCACCAGCACCAGCAGACGCAGUCUCAAGCUAGCCCGUCACCUCUACCACAGCAGCCUCCUCACCAACAACAGCAGCCGCAACAGCAGCAGCAGCCACCGCCUAGCCAACCAGAGAACCAGUAUCUUCAUGGUUACACCGCUGCACAGCAACCACAGCCUACUCAUCAACAGCAGUACCACCACAGUCCUACUCCUCCGGGAAAUUAUCAAACACAACAACCCUCACCUUUGACCUUCCAGCAGAGCCCGCUGCAAGCCACCUUCCAGCAAUACAAUCCCAAUGCAGCACAAGCCAUGCAAGCUAGGGCAAAUGGCAUGUCUUCCAACCACGGAUACAUGCCGGGGAUACCCCACUAUUCCCAGUCACAGCCUACUCAGGUUUUGUAUGAGCGUGCUCGGAUGGCGGCAUCCGCAAAGUCUUCCCCAACUAGCCGCAAAUCCGGUCUUCCGAGUCAACGUCGGCCCUGGACUACUGAGGAAGAAAAUGCUUUGAUGGCUGGCCUGGACCGCGUCAAGGGUCCCCACUGGAGUCAAAUUCUUGCCAUGUUUGGCCCUGGUGGCACGAUCAGUGAAGCUCUCAAGGAUCGCAACCAAGUACAGCUGAAAGAUAAGGCCCGUAACUUGAAACUGUUCUUCUUGAAAAGUGGGAUCGAGGUACCAUACUACCUGAAAUUCGUGACUGGCGAAUUGAAGACUCGUGCCCCCGCGCAGGCUGCCAAACGGGAAGCCCGCGAAAGACAGAAGAAGCAGGGCGAAGAAGACAAAGCUCACGUGGAGGGAAUCAAGGGUAUGAUGGCUCUUGCUGGCGCUCAUGGGGCCCCCGUGUCGGGUCAUGAAAUGUCCGCCUCGCCCAGCCUUCCACCAGAUGCCAACAGCCAGUCUGUCUUCGAUCAAACAGCGGAACAGAACCUUAUGCAGACUCUGAGCCAGGAGGUACACGGAAGUCAGUACCCCCAGCAGCACAAUCAGCACCCCCAGCACCCCCAGCACUCUCAACACACUCAACACACCCAGCCAACUUCAGACCACAUCGAUCCUCAUAUGCAGUUGGGACAGUAA